GGGUAGGGGCCGGUAGGGGCGGACGGCCACUUCCGGGUGCGGGAAAAAAGCUGGGCCGCGGGAGGGGCCGGGAAGAGGGAGGAGGAGGAAGAGGAACCGACGGACGGCGGCGGCUGUAGGUUGUUCGGUGGCGGCGGCUCCGGCUCUCUUACGGGCGCACUAUGGACAGCCAGGGCAGGAAGGUGGUGGUGUGCGACAACGGCACCGGGUUUGUGAAGUGUGGCUAUGCAGGCUCUAACUUUCCAGAACACAUCUUCCCAGCUUUGGUUGGAAGACCUAUUAUCAGAUCAACCACCAAAGUGGGAAACAUUGAAAUCAAGAAUAACAAAAAGAUGGAUCUUAUGGUUGGUGAUGAGGCAAGUGAAUUACGCUCAAUGUUAGAAGUUAAUUACCCAAUGGAAAAUGGCAUAGUACGAAAUUGGGAUGACAUGAAACACCUGUGGGACUAUACAUUUGGACCAGAGAAACUUAACAUAGAUACCAGGAAUUGUAAAAUCUUGCUCACAGAACCUCCUAUGAACCCAACCAAAAACAGAGAGAAGAUUGUAGAGGUAAUGUUUGAAACUUACCAGUUUUCUGGAGUGUAUGUAGCCAUCCAAGCAGUUUUGACUUUGUAUGCUCAAGGUUUAUUAACUGGAGUAGUGGUGGACUCUGGAGAUGGUGUGACUCACAUUUGCCCAGUGUAUGAAGGCUUUUCUCUCCCUCACCUUACCAGGAGACUGGAUAUUGCUGGGAGGGAUAUUACCAGAUAUCUUAUCAAGCUGCUUCUGUUGCGGGGCUACGCCUUCAACCAUUCUGCUGAUUUUGAAACGGUUCGCAUGAUUAAAGAAAAAUUGUGUUAUGUGGGGUAUAAUAUUGAGCAAGAGCAGAAACUGGCCUUAGAAACCACAGUACUAGUUGAAUCUUACACACUCCCAGAUGGCCGCAUUAUCAAAGUUGGGGGAGAGAGAUUUGAAGCACCAGAAGCUUUGUUUCAGCCUCACUUGAUCAAUGUUGAGGGAGUAGGUGUUGCUGAAUUGCUUUUUAACACAAUCCAGGCAGCUGACAUCGAUACCAGAUCUGAAUUCUAUAAGCACAUUGUGCUUUCUGGAGGGUCUACUAUGUACCCUGGGCUGCCAUCACGGUUGGAACGAGAGCUUAAACAGCUUUACUUAGAACGAGUGUUGAAGGGAGAUGUGGAAAAACUUUCUAAAUUCAAGAUCCGCAUUGAAGACCCACCCCGCAGAAAGCACAUGGUAUUCCUGGGUGGCGCAGUUCUAGCGGACAUCAUGAAGGACAAAGACAACUUCUGGAUGACCCGACAGGAAUACCAAGAAAAGGGUGUUCGUGUGCUGGAGAAACUUGGGGUGACUGUUCGAUAAACUGCGAAGCUGGUUCCCAUCAUGCCCCUAACGCUUUCUUUUUUCUUUUAUUGCCAAUCCUUGAACUCAUUCAACUCCAGGACAUGGAUGAGGCCUCUCUGUGCCCUUUGACUGGAAAGGUCAGGUUUUAUUCUGGUGUCUUGCAGAAGUUUUGUUAAAUUUGUGUUGAUGUGGGUAAAUCUGACUGCUUAGUUCCACCACUUCCCUGCAAACACAAGAGGGCCAGGGUCCUGUCUGCUUCUCUGUUUCUCCUAAGUAGGCAUUUAGAUCAUUCCCGUAGGCUUCCUAUUUUCACUUUCCUGUUCUAAGGCUGCUAGUUUUAGUCUUUAGCACACUAGGUGGUAUGCCUUUAUUAGCAUAAGAAAAAACAACUUCCACAGGAGCUUUUAUGUGUUAUUGGGGUGGGGUGGUGAGGACUGAGUGGGCGGCUGCUGAACCCUUUGUGGCGUUUCCCCUGUGGUGUGGCGCUUUCUACCGUUACUGCUGCGGCUUUAAGUACCUUAAAGCUUCUGGUAUUAACAUUUUAGGGAAAUGGUAGGCUCAGAACUAAAGUGUUUGGGGUUGGGGUUUUGCGUGGAGGGAAGGGGUGGGGUUUUGAUUUUAAUUUUUUGAUUUUUGAGCUUUUCUGCUCUGGGGUACGUAAGAUGAACUUUAUUAACAAUACUUUGAUUUGGCAGGUUUUCUUCUACUUUUGGUCUGCCUGGAACUGUUUCCAUAUGCUGUAAAAAGCAAGUGUAGUGUCCCAUCAUUAUGUGACUUAGGGAUUUUUUUAUUUGUUUUUUAAAAUCAACCAUAUCAACUGGGACUAAACUCCCUAGAAUCUACCAAUGGAAAAGUAACAUUGAAAAAAAGCUUUUGGAAAUUCAAAUUACAGACAAAAAGUGCUUAAGAGCUGGUAUUUUUCUAAGUGCUUCUAUUAAUACCAGAAGCAUUAAGGUAACCCAGUGCCAAGUACCAUUCUUGCAAAAUUCUUUUAUAUAACCGACCAGUGCUUAUUUAAUAAAAACAAGUAGAUACAUAUAAAUAAUUACUGGCAGUAGGUUAUAAUUAUUGGGUUAAAAAUAACAUUGAAAUAUGGGACUUGUGCCAGUUGGGUAAUUUUCACUAGUUUUUUUUUGUUGCUAUGUUUCAUUUAAAACCUGGAAGUGGAGUAAAAUUUGACUAUUCAAAAUGUUGGCCAGAAAAAAUCAAGAUUUAAAUGCGUAUUUGUACUGAAAAACUCAUCAUAACUACUAAAUCUCAGCCAUCUUAAGCUUGAAAGAAGAGUUGUUGGUAUUUUGUAAAUGUUAGCCUACUUACCUGUCAGAAAACCAUAUUUAUGAAUCCUGUCGGUAUUGCUUGGUAUCUGAAAAAAUAUCAAAUAGUACCCAGACUUGAAUUCCUUCUAAAUUUGAAAAAUAAAGUAAUAAGAAAUUGUAUCACUCUAAGUACAAAAUGCAAAUUCUGGAGAAAAAUGUUUUUCUUCAUUUCAAAACAUUCUUUACUAAUAACGACUUUGAAAGAAGAAGCGUACUUUUUUGGGUGACUGAAAUUGGAGAAAUUAUUGGCUAUAGCAUCUCUUUUUUUUGUGAAGAAACUUAAAAAUCAGUUUAUAUGAAAUAAGCAGCAAAAGAAGGUUAGUUUUAAUUAUGCAGCUUCUGUUAAUAUUAUGUAUUUUUUGUCUGUUUUACCUCAAUUUGAACAAGUAAAAGAAGUUCGCCUGCAUGCUGGACAUGCUUCAGUACACAUGAAUAGCCUAUGAAUAAUGUCUGUUAGAUUUUAGGGACGUGGGUAUCAGAGUCACUUUGGAAUUCUAAAGUGUUCCUAAGUCAUGUUCUUAUAAAUCCCCCCCCAGCCUUUUGAAUACUGAGUUGUUAAAGGACACAGAUGUAGGACCAGUAUCUACUAGUUGUUCAUUUCAGGUAAAUGGAUUGACUUAUGACCUUUGGUCAUGAUUUUAAAAUAUGGGGGUAGAAGACAACAAAGAAUGGGAUAGACUCUUAAAUAAAGCAAUGAAAGCAUUUGUCAUUUGUCCCUUGAAUGUAGAAUUUGGUUUUAAUUUUAUAAUUCUGCUAGCAAACAUGACAGUUAAAAUGAUGUAUUAAUAUAUAGAAAGAGUAUAGUUUUUAAAUUACAUUUUAUAAUUUUCCUAUUCCAAGGUGAAAUAAUGCAUUUAGUAAUUUGGGGGUGGGGUGGGGAAGUAUCAUGUUUAAUUGGAGUUGUCAGGUAUGAGUCCCUCAGAAAUUAAAUUUUUUUCUGUUUUAGAAGAGAUCUGAUAUAUAGCUCUUGAAAACCUUUGUCACUUAAAUUUACAAUAAUUAAAAUUCUUUUCUUUUAAAAUUAGAAUUGCCAAUGCCUUGACCUUUGAGAAGGGUUUCUUAGAAAUAGGUCCUGCAUUUAAACUUUUUUCUUUAAAAUGUGGUAUUGGAUGUUAACUUUUACACAGUUCUGAGCACUGUCAACAAUAUUUGGAAAGUAUUUUGAGAGAUCAAUGGAAAGUUAAACAUUCUAAAUUUAACACGAAUACACUUCUUUUUGAUUCAGAAAAUAAAAUCAGAUUUUUCAAAGU